UCCGAGUGUGUUCCCACAUCGGGAGAGAGUUGAAUCCAGAGUCAUUCCACUGGUUGUUGUUGAGGAUAUCACAUCAAGAAACUGCAAACAUGGUUGAGAAGUUUGUUGGGACGUGGAAGAUGAUUUCCAGCGAGAACUUUGACGACUACAUGAAGGCAAUUGGUGUGGGAUUUGCGACCCGCCAGGUGGGGAAUCGGACCAAGCCCAAUUUGGUAGUGACCGUGGACGAGCAAGGGAUUGUAUGCUUGAAAUCUCAAAGCACCUUCAAAACGACCGAAAUCAAGUUCAAGCUCAACGAGCCAUUUGAAGAGACGACCGCCGACGAUAGGAAGACACGGACCGUGGUGACUCUGGAGAACGGAAAACUUGUGCAGAAACAGAGCUGGGAUGGCAAAGAAACGAAUAUCGAGAGGGAGAUCGCAGAUGGGAAAUUGAUAGCGUCCGCACCUGAUGUCUGUCCUUUCUCCCCCCUCCCCACAGAAAUGCAUAAUGGGAGACGUGGUCGCAGUGAGGAUGUAUGUAAAGGAGGCAUGACGGGGUCCCUUCAGCCCUCCCGUCGGUUGCAUUGCUGGAUGACAGGCUCAGUUCAAUGAGCGUAAAACCAAACUAAAGUAACGCCGUGUUCUGCUGUUACUAUUCUUUAUCUUCACUGUGUUGCCAAAAUUAAAUUUCCGUGCCUCUGUUCUCCAACAUGAUACAUUUGGUUUCAUUUGGAAUUGUUGUGGUGAUUUGAAUAAAAAUGAAAUUUGUCAAAA